AUGGCAUGCUGGCUUGGAGCCUUUCUUGGUAGACCCGAAGGCUUGACGACAGCAUCGCAAAAUCGGCCCAUACACGGUGGGUAUCCGCAACCAGUGCAGUGGUCGGCAUGGCCUUGGUGCACGGAGUUCAGCACAGAGGGCCCGGGCCUGAAGAUGGAGCUGCAGGAAGCCCUAGGGCCCACCAAGCGUGCCUGGCCCGACGGUGUCGGAGAGGCAUUGCCGACUUGCACUUCAGCAAAGCGCAUCUGCACCAACCAGGUCUACCACACCCGCAAGCGUGCCCGUGAGCCGGAAGCCUUGGCUGUCCACAGCUGA